AUGUCCGCUCCGGGCGCCGAGUGGAUAAGCGACAGGUCUCGCGACAAUUCCCCGGAAGCCCCCAACUCCACAGAAGGUCACGAUGGCUCGUCUCAGCGACGCACAAGCAAGAAGCGCAAAGUGUUGUCGUGCUACGCGUGCCGCAACCGCAAAAUGAAAUGUGAUCGCGUCUUCCCAGUGUGCGGCCGAUGCCAAAAAACUGGCAGAGGUCACGAGUGUACAUACGACCCUCGGCUACUCGAAGAGUCCCACCCUGGCGCCGGCGCAUCGUCAUUUGCCCUUGCUGAGCGGCCAGCCGAUAGCAACCCUCCCUCGGACACACCAGAUUCAUUGCAAUGGAAGCUCAGAGUGCAAGAGAGACGGAUCGCCAUGUUGGAGCAAAAGCUGGCCACACGGGAAAGCACCGGAAACCCUUCGCAAUACGAGGCCGUUAUCACUGAUGAGCCCGGGAUCAAAGAGGAAAUCAUGUUCAGAGGGAAAGGUUUCAAAUCCCAGUUCAAUGGUGCAACGAGCAUCAUGAGCAUGAUCUCCAUGAAUCACGAGCUGCAGGCGUUUACACGCGAGGCCUUGACUGUUGAUCAUUCAAUUAUGCGUGUCAAAACUGACUUCAAAACCUUCCGCGAUCAGAGGAAGAAGUCCGCAAAGUGCAAGACCGCCAGAAGCUCCGACGUCGAUUUCGAAAUAUUGGCCGUCCUCCCUGCGAAGAGCACUGUUGAUACACAAGUUGCCCUCUAUUUCCAGACGUGGGAGACAAGUUAUAGAAUCCUACACGAGCCGUCUUUCUGGGAAGAAUACCGCAUAUUUUGGGAAUCAGAUCAAGACAAGAAGGGCCUAGUUAGCUUCGCUGUCUUGCUCGUAUUGCUCGUUGCAAUCACGAAGUGUCUUACCCCGAAAGACGAUGUCUUCGUUGGCGAUACGACCGCCGACCGGCAAGCAGCUCAUGAACUCAUCGAUGUCUGCGAUAGCUGGAUCAGCGAGCAGCCUCGCAAACGGGUUGCUUUACCCUUCUUCCAAUUACAGUGCUUGUCGUUGCUUGCCAAGCGUGUCAAUUGCGUCCAAUUAAAGCAAGAUUGGAUUGCUUCGGGAGACUUACUUCGGCUAUCUCUUGCGUCUGGUAUGCACCGUGAUCCGCAUCUGCUCGGGCACGGUAAGAUGUCACCGUUCGAUGAUCAAAUGAAGAAGCGAUUGUGGGUCACUGUCAUGGAGUUGGAGCUUCAAUCGUCCAUCGAGAGCGGCAUUCAAUCUGGGCUUACCGGAUUAUACUUUGAUACGCCCGCGCCUGCGAAUCUUGCUGAUGAAGCCUUCUCACCGGACAUGCAAGACGUGCCGUUAGGUCAGUCCCCUGAAUAUUUCACAUCGGCAUCAUACCUUACCGUCACUCUAAAAUCACUUUCCCUUCGUAUCCAUCUCACGCACCUUUUGAACACACCUUCUAGCGCCCUUCAUUACACCGACGUACUGCACUAUGAUGCGCAAAUCCGCUCUGCAUUGGCCACCCUUCCCGUUUGGGAUGACGAUUGCGCGCUUGUACCCUCUACGCUCCUUCGUUUGCAAUUGCGUCAGUACCUUCUGCUGCUGCAUAAGCCGUACGCGAACUUGCUGGUUGCAAUGCACGAUCGCUUGAUAUCACAAGGCACCCUAGCACUUAACAACUUCCGCAACGAUAUAAUCAGGGCCGGUCUGGCACUUUCUCAAAUCGUGUAUCAGAAUUGUGCUCGUCGAAAAGUCAAGUCAUCCGCGUCCUAUGCAGCAGACUCUGAGACUCAACAUGUAGACCACCAUACCCAUUUUGCAGAUCUUCCUCUACCCAAACGUGCAGUGGGCUCCGAUUCACGAAUGGACCUGUACCUAGCGGUAUUGCCACAAGAGUCCUUCCUUGCAAGAACGCUGUGCGCGUCUUCAAUAGACAUUUUAGAGCGCACAAGACAGAUCUUCGAAGUCAAAGUCUUCCGGCUUGGGACGGGAUACAUGGAGUGCUGGCUUAUGUCUGCUGCAGUAGGCAUGCUGCCCCCUCCUCCGUCGCCUGCCACUUCUAUUGCAUACAUCAAUAAUGCUAGCGAUGACAUCCUCUCGAGAUGUAGAAAAACGCUCGACUGUUUCACUACAAUAGCUUUCAGAGUGCUAGCUCUACAGCAAGACCCCAUGAACAGCUUAGCGUCUUCCCUUCGCAACACUAUAGGCACCAGAAAAGAAACGGGAUCAACGACUAGGACUGCCGAAAAUGCGCCUCCCACGUUGCUGGACGAGGUAAGCAUGAACCUGGAUGUUGCCGGUGGCGCGAAAGACACGACCGGAUCUUUUGAUGCGCUACAGGACAUGCAGAUCGACAUGAGUGGCUGGUCGUUCUCCGACUUCUGGGCGUUCGACCUUGGCGGUGACUUCUAA